ACAGAACAUUGUUGGCUUUUGUUUGAAUAGAUAGUCAUUUACAAUGGGGGAAGUACAGUUGUUUGCUUGGGUUAUGAUUUUUGUUUUGUUAGACAGUUCAUGUGAUGCUCAGAAGGGGUAUCCACCUUCAAACUUUAAUGAACAUGUUUUUAUAGAAAGACAACCAGUGGUUCCUGUAAGCAGGCCAACCGUCAGUCCAUGGUUCACUAGAGCUCUUGUGACGGCCCACCCAACCUUUGGGGAACCUGAAUUCACCCAUGUGCCCAUGACUGCCUAUCCAACCUUCGGCGGCGCCGGCUACACCCAGGCGCCCGUGAGCCCCCGCCCGACCUUCGGCGGCGCCGGCUACACCCAGGCGCCCGUGAGCCCCCGCCCGACCUUCGGCGGCGCCGGCUACACCCAGGCGCCCGUGAGCCCCCGCCCGACCUUCGGCGGCGCCGGCUACACCCAGGCGCCCGUGAGCCCCCGCCCGACCUUCGGCGGCGCCGGCUACACCCAGGCGCCCGUGAGCCCCCGCCCGACCUUCGGCGGCGCCGGCUACACCCAGGCGCCCGUGAGCCCCCGCCCGACCUUCGGCGGCGCCGGCUACACCCAGGCGCCCGUGAGCCCCCGCCCGACCUUCGGCGGCGCCGGCUACACCCAGGCGCCCGUGAGUCCCCGCCCGACCUUCGGCGGCCCCAAGCUCCCAACAACUGCUGUGGAAUAUCCAACAUCCAAGCCUGAUGCUGUGAAGGUCUAUUGUGGAGAAAGCUCUGUUCAGUUGGAUGUGGAUAUGGACUUUCUUGGUAAUAACCACCUAAUCCAGCCCUCUGACAUCACCCUGGGAGGCUGUGGACCUGUUGGGCAGGAUGUUUCUGCUCGGGUUCUGUUUUUUGCAACUGAGUUACAUGGUUGUAAUAGUGUAUUGAUGAUGACUGAGGACUCCCUUGUCUAUACCUUUGGUCUCGACUAUCAGCCUAAAGCACUUGGGUCCACUCCCAUCAUUAGGACUAAUGGGGCAAUAGUUGGUGUUCAGUGUCACUACAUAAGGCUGCAUAACGUGAGUAGUAAUGCCCUGAAACCAACAUGGAUCCCUUACCGCUCUACCCUGUCUGCUGAGGACCUUCUUGUGUUUUCCCUGAGGCUCAUGGACGACAACUGGCAGAUGGAGAGGACAUCCAAUGUGUUCUUCCUGGGAGACCUCAUUAACAUUGAAGCAUCUGUGGUCCAGGCCAACCAUGUACCUCUUCAUGUGUUUGUGGAUUCCUGUGUGGCCACUUUAGACCCAAAUAUGAAUGCUGUCCCCAGAUAUGCUUUUGUUGAGAACCAAGGGUGUCUAAUGGAUUCCAAGCUGACCAAUUCCCGGUCCCAGUUCCUGUCAAGGGUACAAAAUGAUAAACUGCAAUUUCAGCUGGAUGCUUUCAGGUUUGCUAAAGAGACCAGGAGUGCUAUCUACUUUUUCUGUCAUUUGAAAGCUACUACUGCUUUGUCUCCUGAGGGAAAGGCUUGCUCAUUCUCUCUUGGAACUCAACGGUGGAUUAGUGCAUCUGGGAAUCAUGAAGUGUGUAGCUGCUGUGAUGCAAGCUGUACUGGGAGGAAGGGCAGGAGUUUAACAGAUUCAGCUACACAGUAUGAGGGUGACUCUGCCCUAGGCCCCAUUGUCAUCCAACAGGCUAGUGCCAGUGGCCUUGUACCUGCUGCCCAAAGCCAACACUUGGUGGUAGAGGAUCACAGAGCUGGAGGUGUGUCUGAGGCUGUGGUCAUGACUGGAUUGGUGGCUGCAUUGGGACUGAUCUGCACCCUUGUGCUGGUGACUGUACUGCUGCGGAGACUACGUAAACCUAACUCCGUAAACUAUGAUUAAUAAAUGACUAAAGACCUGUCA